CGCUUGGAAAGGAGACCUUCUGCUGCCCGGGCUCGGGGCAAGCGCCCGCCGGCCGCGUUCCCCGGGCAGGGCGCUCCACCCAGCCGGCUCGAGGGCACCGGGAAACGUGAUUAUAUUUAGGAUCUACCUGGAUAAUCCAGGAUAAGCCCCUUCUCUCAAGAUCCUUAACGAAAGCCAUAUAAGAUUUGUGGCUUCCUUCCCACCGGCGGUCCUGCAUGGGUGCCAAGUUCCACACGUAACUUAAUGGAUCAGAAGGAGAUGUCAGUGAAAAAAAAGGUCCAGAAUGAUUAUGACUAAUCUAUGACUCCCAACAGUAUGACAGAAAAUGGCCUGCCAGCCUGGGACAUACCGAAGCGCCGUGCAGACCUGGAACACAGCUGGAAGCUGGUAGGAAUGUCUGAAGCCUGCCUGCGUAGGAAGAGCCAUUCAGAGAGGGGCAGCGCGUUGAAAAAUGAACAGUCGUCACCACAUCUCAUCCAGGCCACUUGGACUAGCUCAAUAUUCCAUCUGGACCAUGAUGUUGUGAACGACCAGACUGUCCCAAGUGCCCAGACCUUCCAAACAGAAGAGAAGAAAUGUAAAGGGUACAUCCCCAGCUACUUAGACAAGGACGAGCUGUGCGUAGUGUGUGGGGACAAAGCCACCGGGUAUCAUUACCGCUGCAUCACGUGUGAAGGCUGCAAGGGCUUCUUCAGAAGAACCAUUCAGAAAAAUCUCCAUCCAUCCUAUUCCUGUAAAUAUGAAGGAAAAUGUGUCAUAGACAAAGUUACACGAAAUCAGUGCCAGGAAUGUCGCUUUAAAAAAUGCAUCUAUGUUGGCAUGGCAACAGAUUUGGUACUGGAUGACAGCAAGCGGCUGGCGAAGAGGAAGCUGAUCGAGGAGAACCGGGAGAAGAGGAGGCGAGAGGAGCUGCAGAAAUCCAUUGGGCACAAGCCUGAGCCCACGGAUGAGGAGUGGGAGCUCAUCAAAACUGUCACCGAAGCCCACGUGGCCACCAACGCCCAAGGCAGCCACUGGAAGCAGAAACGGAAAUUCCUGCCAGAAGAUAUUGGACAAGCACCAAUAGUAAAUGCCCCAGAAGGUGGAAAGGUUGACUUGGAAGCCUUCAGCCAUUUCACAAAAAUCAUCACACCAGCAAUUACCAGAGUGGUGGAUUUUGCCAAAAAGUUGCCUAUGUUUUGUGAGCUGCCAUGUGAAGACCAGAUAAUCCUCCUCAAAGGCUGCUGCAUGGAGAUCAUGUCCCUUCGCGCUGCUGUGCGCUAUGACCCAGAAAGUGAGACUUUGACCUUGAAUGGGGAAAUGGCGGUGACACGGGGCCAGCUGAAAAACGGGGGUCUUGGGGUGGUGUCAGAUGCCAUCUUCGACCUGGGUAUGUCGCUGUCGUCUUUCAACCUGGAUGACACAGAAGUAGCUCUCCUUCAGGCUGUCCUGUUGAUGUCUUCAGAUCGCCCAGGGCUCGCCUGCGUUGAGAGAAUAGAAAAAUACCAAGAUAGUUUCCUGCUGGCCUUUGAACACUAUAUCAAUUACCGAAAACACCAUGUAACACACUUUUGGCCAAAACUCCUGAUGAAGGUGACAGACCUGCGUAUGAUUGGAGCCUGCCAUGCCAGCCGCUUCCUGCACAUGAAGGUGGAAUGCCCCACAGAACUCUUUCCCCCAUUGUUCUUGGAAGUGUUCGAGGAUUAGACUGACUGACUUCAUUCUCAUAAUUCCUACAGCACUACUGGGUGUCAUUUCAUUCCAUUGCCUAGCUCUUUUUUGUUUGUUGCUUUGUUUCUUUGUAUUGGGAGGGAUUGUUUGGGGUCAAAGGGAGGUAGUUCUUAGCAUAGACAUGGAUGAAAUUGCCCCUUGAAUUGCGGGUACUUGUAACUAUUGCAUUUUGUUCUCUAGUCCUUUGAUGUGAAUGCUUUGAAGGUUUUACAGUUGUGGAGGUAGGGUGGGGACAAUCAUUAAUUCACCAGCACCAAGCCAUCACCAGCUCCCAUCUGGUCAGAGACUCAAGCAAGCAAAAUGGCACAGCAGAAGACUAAAGAAGCCUUAAAACCAAGAUAAUAUGGUCAGCUUGAUCCAAUCCUGAUUUUUCAGGCUCAGAUUAGCAUGGCACAGACCACCUUUAGUUAGAAGUAGCUUUCAGCUUCUUAGGGAAAGCUCUGAAAAAUUUUGAUUUAUUCAAGAGCAUGUUGUUCACAGCACUCUUCAUUCUCAACUAGCUGCAUAACUGGGAAUGUAUAAGAAUGUUUGUUCCUGAAAAAAAUCAGCUGUCUUUUCACUGUAA